AUGGGCCUCUCGAAGAAGGACGCACGCACUCGUGAGCAGAAGGAGAAGGCCGCCAAGGGCAUCAAGGUCGAGACGACCGCCGCCGGCGUGCCCAAGAAGGCCGCCAAGCCCACGAUCCAGUGCACGGUGUGCAAGGCCCCGAUCAUUGCGUCCAUGCCGGUGUCGCUGCGCGACCACGCAGGCAAGCACCCCAAGGUCACUCCUGCCGACUGCUUCCCCGGCGCCACCAUCGCCCCCUAG